AUGAAUGCAACAGAUGUAAAAUAUUUGUCGAAGACUGCUGUAUCAAUAGAAGAAGAAGAAGGUAACAAAAAAGGUCGACCAGCUAAUGAACGUUAUCCUUUCCAAAAACAACAUCCACAAGCAACAACACAUUUAUUGAUGAAAUACAGUGAGUCCCAUGUACCUAUUCUUUAUGGCCCACAAAUUCCUCGACGUGAUCGUGAAGAUACUCGAGAGCGAUAUAGUCGAGCUCUUCUUACACUUUUAGUACUGUGGCGACUGCUUCAAUCGUUUCUGCGNAUCAUAGAAAAUAUUCAACUUUUACAUGAAUGUAAAAAAGAUCGUGAUGAACAUUUACUUCAAGUUAUUGCUGAAGCUCAAACUGAUAAUGAUGCAAUCGAUCCUGCUCUUUUGCCUGCAAAUCAAUAUAUUGAUGACGAAGGUGAUAUGGACGAUAGUGAAAAUUUAUUAGAAUUACUAGGUAAUUUAGAUGAAUAUACAACUGCAGCAAUUAAUGCUACCAAAAAAUCAACAGAAGAGAAAUAUAUCGCAGAAACAAUUGAAGCAGUCGAAAAUGUUGGUCGAUUCAGUCAUCUAAAUACUCAUCAUCAACCUUCUUCAAAUGAAUUUAUUGAUUAUCCAAAUCAAAAAGCUGUACCGUUCGUUUCUGCAACAUCAAAUCUUAUUCGACUAAACACAAAAUGGCAAGAACAACUAAAGACUGAGAAAGAACGAGUUAGACGAAGUUUAAUUACAGGCAACUAUGAUGAAGAAGAUAAUACGAUAAAUUUGCCAGCUGCAAAAGAUGCCAUUGUCACAGUGCUGAAUCCAAAUAGUUAUAAUCAAAGCAACUUUGACAGCUAUGGUUCGAUUCUCCCAGUUGUCUCUGUCGCAACCAACUUUCCCAAUCAAACAAGUAUUGCUGAUGAAUUUACAUUAAAUAGAGAACGACGAGCUGUUUUUUCAUGA